AUGGCUUCAUCUCCGGGUUUAAAUUUUCUUAUUGCUAAAUAUCUUCGUGAAUUACCAAAUUCAAAUCUUGCAAAUGAAUUUAUCCAAACACUCGAGACAAAUAAUCUUUUACCAUCUACACGUAAUUGGAAUGGUGUUGAACGUCAAAUAUCCUUUCAAGAAUUAGAACAACAAUAUUCUCAUGUUCCUAAUAAUCAUCUACCUCAUCUAUUAGACAAUGUUAUGUCUUAUGUUGAACAAGGUAUUGGUAAACGUUUUGGUUCCUUAACAACAUUUCUUCUACAAUUGGAUCCAACAUGUUUUCUUGAAAAUAAACAAAAAACAUCAUUCAGUAGAAAAUAUAAUAUGUUUAAAACAGCAUAUCAUCCAUGUAAAUAUCUAUCAAAUCCAACAAAUCGUAAUAUGCAAAUAAUUUUACGUGAACGAGAAUAUUUCGGUCGAACAUUAUCAGUUAAACAAUUACCAUCAAGUGAUUUAUAUCAACGAAUGAAUAUGAGAUUAAAAGUUAUUGCACAUAAAGCAUCUAUCUAUUGUAUUGCUUUUGAUCGUACAGGAACUUAUGCAUUAUCAGGUGCUGAUGAUUUUCUUCUUAAAAUGUGGCAUGUACAUACAGGACGUUUAAUGGCAACAUUUCGUGGUCAUUCAAAAGAAAUUUGUGAUAUUGAUGUUAAUUUUGAAAAUACACUUGUUGCUAGUGCAAGUCUUGAUAAAAAAGUACGAGUUUGGAAUUUAAAAACAACUAAAAUGGAAUGUGUUUUACAUGGACAUCAAAGUGGAAUUAAUGCAACAAAAUUUUCACCAUUUUGUAAAACCGAUGAUCGUUGGUUGGCAUCAGUUGGAAGUGAAGGAAGUAUUUGUUUUUGGAAAUAUCAAAUUGGAACAACGGAAUUUGAACCUCGACCGAUUAAAUUCGUUGAAAAAAGUCGUGCCGGUGCACAAAUGCUUUGUUUAUCAUUUAGUCCAGGUGGUUAUUUUGUCGCUGCUGGUAGUAGUGAUUCAGUUAUUCGAGUUUAUUCAUUUCAUACAUAUUCACCCUUAAAAAUCUGUGAACUUGAUCGACAUACAAACGUUGUUGAAACAUUAUGUUAUGCACAUUUAAGUAAUUCAUUUAUAUCUGGGAGUAAAGAUGGAACAGCUCGUAUAUGGCGAUAUGAACAACAAUCUUGGAGAGCGAUUGUUCUUAAUUAUUCUAAUGAUUCAGAUAAAAAUAAUAAUGACUCGAAUAAUCAUGUGACAACUGUAAACAACAAAGUAAUUCCUGUAACAAUUGUUUCUUGGUCAUGUACUGAUCGAAGUGUUGCCACUGCCUAUGAAAAUGGUUUAAUUAAAAUUUGGGAACCGAAUCAUGGAACAUUAUUGAAUGAACUUAAAAAACAUGAAAAAACAGUUUUUGUACUUGAAUGUCAUCCAACAAAUGAUCGUUUAUUAUGUUCAGCUGGACAUGAUGGUCUUUUAGUUAUUUGGGAUAUGGUUGAUGGUCGAGUAAUAAAAUGUUUUCUCAAUGAUCAAUAUAUCGAUAUUCCAAAUUCAAUACCAUAUUCUGAAGCAAAAUGGUCUCCAACGUAUGAUGUUAUAUGUACAACUGAUCUCUGUGGUCAAAUAUGUUUCUUUGGUCUUGGUAGUGAUACAAGAUAUAAUAAGACACAAAUUGAACAAUUUUUUCAUAAUGAUCUACGUCCAGUAAUUCGUGAUAGUAAUGAUAACGUUCUCGAUGAACAACAACAAAUCCCACCACAUCUAUUGCCACCACCAUAUCUUAUUGAUGAUCAUGGUCAUGCUUAUUCAUAUGAAAUACAAAGAUCUGUACCAGGAAGAGAAAAUUAUUCACAAAAUGAUAAUACAGCUACAGUUGUUAAUCAUGAAUAUUUAGAAGAUCUUAUCAUUGCUGAACCAGUGACAACUCCGGCAAUGACUAGUGUAUAUAUGUCAAGAAAAUUUGAAACAAUUGAUUUAUCAACAUUUGGUUUAAAUAUCGAUAAAAAACAAACAUUUGUAUAUCAUAGAGAUUUUAUACCACAAUUAAAUGAAGCUGAAUUAGAACAUAGUGAAAUUUUUCGUGAUGCUAGAUAUGAUGAUGAACGACUUGGUUAUGAACGGGAAUAUUUGAAAAAAGCCAAUCAUGGAGAUUCGUACGAAUCAUCACCAGUGAAAAAACGUACAACACGUAAUGUGAUUAAAAUGCGUCAAGAAGAACUUCUUCGAAAAGUUCCACAUAAUAUGGAAGUUGCAAUUAAUCGUUUAACAACACGAGCUUUAUAUGAUUCUGAUAAAGAAGAUAAAACAGAUCUAUCCGAUGAUCAAUAUUCACCAAAUGCAACGGCGCCAUUUGGUGAUAGUGAAAUGAGUGGUGGUGGUGAUGAUGAUAGUGUAUCAACCGAUGAAGAUCUUGUUGCAACAACAUCACGAACAACAGGUAUAAUGACACGUACAGGUCAACAAAGACGUGUACAGCGACAUAGAAAUUUAUCACCUGAUGAAGAUGAUGACGAUGAUGAUGAAAAUAAACAUGAACAUGAAUAUCGUCAAGUUCAAUUAGCUAAAACUCAACAUCGUCGACGAAAUAAAUUAAAACGUUUGAAAAAACGACGUGAACAAGUUAAAACUAAAAAAGAAGAAUUUGAAAAUAAACAUGAACUUGAAUUAAAUUAUUCAACUGAUUUUAAACCACCUGAAUGGUUAACACGUACAACGGCACAAUGUUCACCAUAUAUACCACAAAUUGGUGAUAUGGUUAUGUAUUUUGUUCAAGGACAUGAAUUGUAUAUUAAUGAAGUUAAAGAUAAAAAAAUGUAUGAAAUUGAUGAAAAAACUUUACCAUGGAAUAAAAAUGAACCACUUGAUGCUGUUGAAUGUGCUACUGUAAUUGGUGUUUCUGUAAGUUUUUCUGAUAAACAACCACCACGUGUUAUUAAUGUUCGAUUACAAUUAUUAAAUCCUGAUACACUGGAAGCGACAUCAAGAAGAAUAAGUGUGAAAUUUCAUGAUGUUGAUGGUAUUGCUGAUUUUAUUAUUCUAAAACAAUAUUAUGAUCAAGCUAUAAAACGAGAGUGGACUACUGGUGAUCAUUUUCGAUGUUUUAUUGAUGAUACUUGGUGGCCAGGAACGAUUGUAAAACGAGAAGCAUUUGAUCCUCUUCAUGAAAAUAGUCCUUUUCAAUGUUAUAUUAUUCGCUGGGAUAAUGGUGAAAACGAAGAAAGACUUAGCCCAUGGGAUAUUUUCGAAUGUGAUGAUUCAUCUGACGAAUCUAAUCUAGUAAAACUGCCAUCAUAUCAACCAACACCCGAUGAAUGGCCUGGAGAUGAUGUUGAUGAUGAACGUGAACGUUUGUUAAAAGGAAUUGAUACACUUAUACAAAUGGAUGUAGCAAAACAAUUUCGAGAACCUGUUCAACUUGCAUGGUAUCCAGUUGUUAUUGCUUAUCCAAUUGAUCUCGGUACUAUUCGAGAACGUCUUUCUAAUGGUUAUUAUCGUCGAUCAAAUGCUCUUAAAUGGGAUGUAAAAAAAAUGGAAGAAAAUGCGAAAAAUUUCAAUGAAAAAGGAAGUCAAAUUAUUGAACAAGUUAAAAUGGUUACAAAGAUUUUACUUAAAUAUAUCGAUGAUUAUAAUUGUGACGAUAUCGAUGUUAUUUAUCAACGAUCAUUACAUUCAGAACAAGUUCCAUUACCAAUUUCAUCAUCAUCAUGGAAUGAAGAAUGGCUGGAUGAUUAUCAAACAAUACUAAAUGAUAUAUUAUCUCAACCUGGAAGUGAAUUAUUACGUUAUCCAAUCGAUGAAAAUGAAUAUCCAGAUUAUGAACGAAUAAUAAAAACACCAAUUUGUUUCGAUGAUGUACAAGCCAAACUUAAUCAAACACCUUGUGGUUAUCGACAUUCAAGAGAAUUUAUUGCUGAUUGCCAUUUAAUAUUUCAAAAUGCUAUCACUUAUGCUGAUCCAGAAAUGAUUGAAGUUGUUAAACAAUUAGGACCAUGGUUUGAUCGACGUGUUGCAAUAUUUGAUCGUCGACAACGUCGAUCAAAUAAUCAAUAUACUUCAGAAAUGACAACUCGACGAAGAGAGUUACAAAAUUCUUCAGCAGAUGAAAAUAAUAUUUAUACAACUGAAGAUGCACCUGCACCUGCAACAACAAGUUCAAGUAGUCGGCAAAAUCGACGAACACAAUUUUCUCCUACAACUCUAACAACUGAUCGUCGUCAUUCACAUUUUAAUCGUAUAUCAACUGUAAAUAAUCAAUCAAGAACAACACAAGAACAGAAUUCUGAUGAAGAUGAUGAUGAUAAUGAAUCUGUAUCAACACAAAGUACUCAAGCUGUAUCAUUAACAUCAUUUAUUCAUACAACAACAACUACUACGACAAAUGAUAUGAAUUUAUCUUUACGUCAAACACGACAACGUAUGCAUACGAAUGAAAAUACGAAUAAUACAACAUGGUCAACACGUACACGAUAUAGUACAAGAUCAACAGCAUCAAAUAGAAAUUUAAAUGAAAAUUCUAAUGAUCGUCAACAACAACAAAGUUCGUCAGCACGAACUCUAUCACCAUCGGAUGAUGACGAUGAUGAUGAUAAUGAUAUAUCAUCGAAUAGUAAAAGAAAUCGUAUGGAACGUAGUGAUAGACGAAUAUCAUCAGUGAAUAGACCAAAUUAUAAAAUUGAUAGUGAUGAACAUGAAGAUGAAGAUGAUGAUGAUGAAGAAGACGAUGAUAAUCAACAGAAAACCAAUACAACAGUAGAUCAUCAAGAAGAUAUGGAACAAACAGAAAAGGAUGAUAAUAAAGCCACAGAUAAAGUUGAUGAUGAAGAUUAUGAGCCAUCAGCAGCACUUGAAGAAGAUGAAGAAGAAGAAGAAGAAGAUGAGGAUAAUGAUGUAGUAUCUGCUCGUAAAAAAGAUGAUGAUGAUGAUUCCGAUUCGGAUUUUCAAUUGGAUGGACCAAGUCAACAUCGUCGUACAAAUACAAAUGGUAAUCGAGUGCGUAAAUUACGUAGUACAACCAAUCGUCCAUCACCACCAUUACCAAAUCAAAAUAAUAAACGAAAACGUUCAACUGUUCGUACACGUUCAUCAACAGAAUCUGAUACAACUGACUCACAUGCAAAUCAAACAUAUAAAACUCGUACUCGUUCACGACGACGUAUAACAGGAAAUAAAAAACCUUCGUUACAAGAAGAUUUUACUGAUGAUGAUGAUGAUGAAGAUCAAGAUGAAGAAGAAGAUGAAAAUCGUCGACGUCCACGAACUACUCAAGCAACACGAGUAUCAAAACGUGGUCGAGUACUUAAACAACGUUUAUUAAGCGAAUAA